AUGGAUUUCAUCAAGACCAGUUCCCUGCGUGCUCUGAUUGAGUUAACUUUCCAACGCAACUGGAACGGCCUAAUUUGGAUGAGUAGAAAAGGAGUUACAACCAAAAGAGUGAAGACUGUCCAGACGGCUCUAUCGAGAACAGCGCCCAACCGCGCAGUCCGGCUGGCCGAGGAACGAUGUUCCGCGCUCGGCCAAAGUGUCCGUCCGUCUGAAGUCUCGGCCAAAGUCCAAAACCGACUCGGCCGAUCACGCAUCACGACCCGGGAAACUCAAGCCCGCGGUCGGCCACGCCACAACCGCCACGCCACGCCGCGCACGAUCACGCCGCGCGAGCCGGGAAGAACGCCUCGCGGCCGCGCAACUCGUCUCACCACCGCCGCACGACCGUUCCGACUCGGCCACGACCCGACUGUCCGGCCGAUCGUCCCGACCGACCGUCCCAACGCCGCGGUCGACCCGAAGCCCGUUUUGAAGCCCGAUUUCAUAUUUUCAAGCCCGGCUUAA